AUGUACGCUACUCACUACUGCAAUCGCGAUGUUGAUGUCCUUAGAGUGUGCUUCGAAGCUUUCCGUGCCCUAGUGAAGGAGGAGUUCGACCUUGAUAUCUAUCGAUUUCUCAGUGUGUCAUCCCUUUCUCUCGCAUAUCAACACAACGAGGGCUGCUUUGAUGACUGCCAUGAAAUGAAUUCGGUCCUCCUAGGCUUCUUACGUCAAGGAACCGUUGGCGGACGAGUGAUGACCAGAGACAACGGCAAAUAUCACCUGAAGCACAAGCUAGCUGACUUCGAUGCCGUAUCUCUAUAUCCAUCUGGUAUGAGCGAGCUCCCGGGUUAUGUCAGAGGUAAGGGAAAGCUCUUCAAGGAUUCAAUCCCUUCUGAUGCGGACUACUACGUGGCACGUGUUCGCUUUGACUCUAUUGAUAUCAAACGCCACUUUCCGCUUCAAAGUUUCUAUGCUAACGGUUCUCGCAAUUUCACGAAUGAUAUUAUCGGCCAAACCAUGAUUGUAGGAAGGCAGGCUCUCGAAGACAUCGUGCAUUCCCAAGGAGCUUUAUACACCGUGAUCGAGGGUAUCUACUGGAACGAAGGGUUCAACGACCAGAUCAUUAGGACCAUCCGAAAGAUGCUCAACGCUCGCCUCAAGUACAAAGCAGAGGGUAAUCCACUUCAGGAGGUACUCAAGCUGAUGAUGAAUAGCUCGUACGGCAAGCUCCUGAUGAAGCCGAUCGUGAAGAAGAAGUUUUUCGUUAGUGGCGCCGAGAUGAAGAUCGAUACAUGUACUCGCAAGAACAUUCAUCGAAUGAUUUCGAGAACACCGAUUAGCGACAAUCUAGCUAUAUUUGAAGAGCACAAGGCUCUUAGUCAGCACUUUAGUCCGAUUCACCUCGGUAUCCAGAUUCUCGAUUCAUCCAAGCAUAUCAUGAAUCGCGUUAUGUGUCUUGCUGAGGGCAUUGACGCUCGUAUCUGGUACCAGGACACAGAUUCAAUGCAUAUCGAGUACGAUAGCGUUCCGCGUCUAGCAGAUGUAUACAGAGACCUGUACAAUAGUGAGGUAAUUGGCAAGCAAAUGGGUCAAUUCCACGUAGAUUUCGACCUUGCUGGAUCGGAGGGCAACAUCGUCGCCAAGGAGUCAGUCAUUCUUGGCAAGAAGAGCUACCUUGACGUUCUUGCCUGCGAUGGCAACGAUGCGACAGGUCUUCAUAUCCGCAUGAAAGGCAUUCCCGGCAAGCUACUCGAGGGAGAUGCAUACGUGACAUACAUUAAGCUAUUCAAUGGCGAAGCAGUAUCCUUCGAUUUAACCGAGCUGUGCUCGAUUAACAUCAACUCUAAGACACAAUCAGUGUCUAAGCGAUCGAAUUUUACACGCAGUGUUUCAUUCGUGUAA